AUGCUAAACAGCUGUUUUCCAUUCGAGAUGAGAAGCGCUCUCUUCAGAGCACUACCGGUACCGCUGCCUCCACAAUAGCGAUCCUGGAACCCGGACUACAUAACACCCAUCGCCUGGAGUGCUCAGCCAACCGGCACUCAGUGCCUAACAAUUUUCCAGGCCGUGGCGUUUUCCUCCGGACCAGGAAGCGCUCCUCAUGGAACAGACUGUCGAUCAGGAGUUAGUCGUGGGAGAGUCCCGGGGCGGUGCGGCUAG